AUAAACCGGAAAAAUUGAAGCCCACCAUCGAUAUGAACGAGGAUAAUACUACAACCACCUUCUACUCCUAUAAUACACCAACUACGUCGACUACGCCCGGUACAUCCUAUAGUUCACGAUUACUACUCUGUAAAUAG